AUGUCGACGACAUUUUCAGUGUUAAGUAAAACAGAAAAAUUUAAAAGUUUAAAAUCAAUAGCAAAGAACGAAAUAUUCGCUUCUAGAACAUCCAAAUUCUUUCAAUAUCGACUGAAUUCAAAGGAGGUUCCAAAUGUUCCAAAUGUUCCAGAUAUUCCAGAUAAUAAGAUAAAUUUACCCGCAAUCCUUCCAGAAGUGGAUGUGGAAAUUCAAAAAGUUCAACAUUCAAUUGACGAUAAAGAGAAAUCAUCAACGAAAAAUAUACCAUCACAAGAAGAAGUAGCAAUUUUAUUUUUACAAGAAUUAUUACAAGAUUUUGAGAAUAUUUUAACGAACACGGAAGAUUUUAAAGGAUUCGAUAAGUAUGCGACGGAUUGGAUGAGAAAUUACAUUGAAGAGAAUAUGAAAAGGAUCAAGGUGGAAUAUAUAUUUGAAGUUUUAUUAAAAUUUUAUCAAGAUAAUCACCUCGAAUAUUUCUCUUCGCUUUUGGGAUUUUUUUAUCAAUAUGGAAUUGGACAUAAGGUUAAUAAAAAGAAGGCAUUAGAAUUGUAUAAGAUCACCACGAAACAAGAUAAUUUGGGGAAAAAUAUUUAUAAUCAUUUACAAAACAUAAACAAAUCGGUCGGGGAAUAUUUAUUAGCAUUAUAUUAUUACAAGGAUAUUAUCGUGGAUAGACAAAAAUCGUUAAAGUGGAGUUAUCAACCGGCGAAGGAAGGAAAUGCCGCAUCCCAAUAUGAAAUAGAACUUUCCCUCAAUGAUACUCCAAUAAAGCAAAUUUCCUCAGCUACAACAACAGUACGUUGUCGAAGAAAUUCUUCUUUUAUUACAACUAGUUUGGUUAAAUGUAAUAAUAAUCAAAAUAUUGUUGUAGGCGAAUGUGGAAUGAAUCGACAACAAGAGUAUCAAGAAGAGGAGGAUGGGAAAGAUGAUGAUGUGAAAAACAGUGAUCUACCAUUAGAAGAUUUAAUACAACAAUUACUCGGUGAAUUACAACAGACUAAAGCAUUGGUCGUUGAACUUGAAUCCAGAUUGGAACUGACCGAACAAACCAGUCAAGUAAUUGUCGAAGAAUUAAAAAAUUUGUUAUCAGAAAAUGAGUCAGUUAGUCACACAACAGCUGUUGAUGCUGAUCAAGAAUUGGAGAAUGAUGAUAACAUGAAGAUUGAUGAUCUAGAUGAUGAUGAAUUCUAUCUUCCUUCAUCUUUGAUUGAUCAAACCCACAAAGAAGAAUCCCCUAUUAUCAUGAAUAAGGUACAAGAGAUCACCUCUCCAAAAUUAUCAUCACAUAAUGAAUCAAUUGUUGCACCAGCUUCACCACCUGAGUUAUCAACGCUACAACAUGCUGAUGACACGGACGAAUCAAUCGAUAGAAUAUUAUGCGAAUGCGGAAUAUGUUGGUUAUGUUUAGAAUCAAGUGGUAGCAGUUUACCUUCCACGACAACCACUGCAAGAACAACUCCAAAAUCUUCAAGAGCAAAUUCAAUUUCUUUAACCCGAAAAUUUUCUUUUUCUUUGAAACCUCAACAAGAAUCUGAUAAAAGACAAGUUCAAUUGGCAAGGAUAAAGAAGCAAUAUCGUAAGAAAUUGGAAGGAAGGUUUGAUUAUAGAAAGAGUUGUGAAGAUUUAGAAAUGGAAUUGCAAAAAUUAAUUACUACGGCCAUUUCAACAGGGGUGGAACAUGGUUUAAUGAAUUCUCCUGUUUAUCAACAAUUCCAAGAUGGUGAAGCCUUUGAAAUUUUUGGUAAACACGAACAAUUUAGGGAAUUGGAGGAAGAUGUUUUAAACAAUGAUAAUGGUAAUGUGGAUCAUGAAAAAAAAUCUUCGAAAUGGAGAAGACAGAAUUCUAACGAAAAUGUGGAGGAGGAUAAUGGUUACAGUUCGUAUAGUUCAUAUAAUUCUUCAUGGAAUCCAUCUUCUCGUGAUUAUCGAGAAAACUCUAACGAGGAGGGAGAAGAAGAUCCAUCAAAUCCAUUUCCAUCAUCUUUUAUUAAUACUUUAAACCUUGGACAAAAUAUUUUUAAUUUUAAUGUAAAUUUAGUUCAUUCAACAACAAAUAAUUAUAACAAGAAAAGGACAAAUAAUUAUUUCAAUGAUAUUGAUAAUAGUAGUCAUACCACUUCCAUAACGAACAAUUACUAUAAUAAUAAUGAUGAUAAAAAUACGAUUAUGACUACUACCACCAAUAAUAAUGAAGAAAAAUCAUCUCAAUUAGGUCUCACUAAAGAAUCUAAAAAGCUUCAAUCGCUAGCCUUAAAGUGCAUGAAUUUUCUGGCAAUGAUGGGAUUUAUGUUCUCAAUGUCACAAGCAAUUGUUUCAAAUUCCCCCGUAGCACCAGCAAUAAUGAACAUUGCGGCUAGAAAUAUUAGAAGUAGAGCAGGGGGAAGGCGAAGUGGGAAUAAUCCGAUUAUGAUGAUUAAAGUUAUUAAAUAUAUGGCCGUUUUAUUUGUCGGAUGGGCUGCUGGCCGUUCCGGAAAAAGACAAAGACAAAAAGAAUCAUGUAAUGAGAAUAAUAGAGUUGCAGAACUCUAG